GACAGUGAUUGGCUCCGCCGUUCGCGGGAAGGAGUUUGUGGCGCCCGGGAAAAGUGUAGCGCUGCGACACCAACUAGGUUCUGAGGCGCCCGGCGAACCCGGUGGACCGGAGCCUUCUGGACGUCUUUCCUGAGGGGAUCGUGACCACGAUGUGGAAUAGUGGAUUUGAGAGCUAUGGCAGCUCCACCUUUGGGGGAGCCGGUGGCUACACGCAGUCCCCCGGGGGCUUUGGAUCGCCGACACCUUCUCAGGCCGAGAGGAAAUCAAGAGCCCGAGCCCAGCAUAUUGUACCCUGUACCAUAUCUCAGCUGCUUUCUGCCACUCUGGUUGAUGAAGUGUUCAGAAUUGGAAGUGUUGAGAUAUCACAGGUCACUAUUGUGGGGAUAAUCAGACAUGCAGAGAAGGCUCCAACCAACAUUGUUUACAAAAUAGAUGACAUGACAGCUGCACCCAUGGAUGUUCGCCAGUGGGUUGACACAGAUGAUGCCAGUGGUGAAAACACUGUGGUUCCUCCAGAAACGUAUGUGAAAGUGGCUGGCCAUCUGAGAUCUUUUCAGAACAAAAAAAGCCUGGUGGCCUUUAAGAUCAUGCCUCUGGAGGAUAUGAAUGAGUUCACCGCACAUAUUCUGGAAGUAGUGAAUGCACACAUGAUGCUGACCAAAGCUAACAGCCAGCCCUCAGCAGGGAGAGCACCUAUCAGCAAUCCAGGAAUGGGUGAAGCAGGGAGCUUUGGUGGGAAUAGCCUCAUACCGACAAAUGGCCUCACUGUGGCCCAAAAUCAGGUGCUGAAUUUGAUUAAGGCUUGCCCAAGACCUGAAGGAUUGAACUUUCACGAUCUCAAGAACCAGCUUCAACACAUGCCUUUAACCUCAAUCAAGCAAGCUGUGGAUUUUCUAAGCAACGAGGGACACAUCUAUUCCACUGUGGAUGAUGAUCAUUUUAAAUCCACAGAUGCAGAAUAACUGGAUCUAAUUGGUAUGCAUCAUAUUUUCCAGCUGGGCCUAUUCUCAGUCUGUGUGUCCAGCUGUGCAUUUGUUUUGAACAGUUGACUUCUAGAAAGUAGGUUUCAUCCCUAAAAUGUCUCAAUUGACAUCAUUUUGAAACUUAACUGCUCUUCCGUUAUUUUGAAAUUCAAAGUGAAAUGGGCAACUCCUAGGGGUGUGAGCUAAAGUGGAAUUUUAAAGUUACAAAUUAGGUAGUUAUACCACCAUCUGGAUAGAUGAAGUGGAAGAGCGAUGCUGCCAAUAGUUGGGCAGAUUAAUUCUCAGGAAUCUCUAUUCCUAAAAUAUUUCCUGUUGAGUACGAUCAGGGUCUGUCAGAGAGCUGGCCAGGAAAUCUAACUUCUGCCUGGCUUUGUUCCCAUUUUGGUUAUGUGGUGUUACUUUCAGAAUUGCACUUUUCAACUUGUCAUGGCUGCUGCCAAGUGUUUUGGUAAAUACGAAGUUCUAGGGUGGUGGUCUCGUGUAGCCGAGGAGAGAAAUGUCACCGUGUUUUGUACAAAAUAAGUACAUCCAUGUGUUUAAUAAAAUAGUUAUAUUAUUGUAA